CACUUGCUGACACCCAAACAUCCGUCUCCAAAGCUCGACCAUCAUCAACCCAUCUUACGAGGACACUAUAGGAGACAGGUUACCAUGCCAACUGCAAAAGCCAGUGUUGGAGACCUAGUGCUGGCUGAAGCUGAUGCCUGGGAGACAGUCGAAGGGAAUGUAUACUUUCCGCGCUCAGCCAUUAAGGACCCGAAUACUUUCCUGAGCUCUGAUACGAAGACUUUCUGCCCAUGGAAGGGUGAGGCAGAGUAUUAUUCGGUAAAGACUGGCGACACCGUCAUUCAGGAUGCUGCCUGGUAUUACGCAAACCCAUAUGAGAAGGCGACGAAUAUCAAGGAUCAUAUCGCGUUCUACAAGUCCAAGGUUCUGGUAACUGUGGAAUAGGGUGCUGUACCCGAGACUUAUUUCACACGGGAUUUCAGAUUUUUCUUAGGAAGAACAGGAAUAAAUGUUCUAUAUUGGACAGCCGAAUGAAAC